AUGCUUGCAGCUGUGCGUUUGCGAAAACUUAAGUCAAACCGUGGUGGCGCACUGGAUAAUUAUAUUAUUACGCAGAAUGUGUUGGAGGCUGCAAUUAAGGAAGAUCGGCGCAAUGGCCUCAUUCCGUUUAUUCUCAUUGCUACCGUUGGAACAACAGCAACCUGUGCAGUAGAUCCGCUGGACGAAUUAGGACCGAUAUGUAAUAAAGAAGGAAUCUGGUUGCAUGUCGACGCCGCCUAUGCUGGCUCUUUUAAUAUUUGCCCGGAAUAUCGGUAUUUAUUCAAUGGGGUUGAAUAUGCCGAUUCGAUAAAUAUUAAUGUCCACAAAUCAUUGCUCAUCAACUUUGAUUGUUCACCUAUGUUUAAAAAUAUCAAGUCUCUUGUCAAAUAUUUCGAUGUUGAAGCACUUUAUCUAAAACACGAAUAUCAAACUUCAGUCAUCGAUUAUAGACAUUUGCAAAUUGGGUUAGGUAGACGCUUUCGCUCGCUGAAAAUUUGGUUUGUGAUGAGAAGUCUUGGCAUCAUUGGGUUGCAAGAUUAUCUUAGAAAAAUGAUCGAAAUGGCUGCAUAUUUCGAAGAACUUAUAAACUUCGAUGGUGUGCUCGAAUUAUUUGUUCCACGAAACCUCGGUUUAGUUUGCUUCAGAAUAAAGCUUCUAAGCAAAGAUGAUCGAAUUUUUCUUAUUCCAUCAUCAGUCGAUGGUAAUUAUUUUCUUCGUUUUGCGAUUUGCAGCCAAAUAACGACAAAAAACGACGUGAAAAACGCAUAUCAAAUUAUAUAUGAUUAUGCCACAUCGAUUAAGCAAAGCAGCGUUUUUCAGAUGAAUUUGGAAUGA